GCGACCCUGCGAGGGGCGGCCGGAGGCCGGAGGCGGAGGUGCAAGAUGGACAAGAGAGACAAGGCGAAGGCAGGGGCCACCGCGCGGACGCCGGCUGCUCGCCCUCCUGGACUUCUGACCCCCAGGCCCCCAGGCUCUCCUCGACCCCCUCCCCCAGUAACUCCCGCAGCCCUCCGAGUUCUGGGAGCUGCGGGAGCUGUGGGGCGAAAACCUCUGGCAGAGCGAGCCGGGGGCAUCGGCGGGACCACUCUUCCCGAGUCUGCGCCCCGAGCGGGACCAACGCGGAGUGCUGGGACAAGUUCCCGAAACCCAGCUUCCAGGGCCCCAGCCUCCGGGAGAGGGGAGAGAGCUCCUCCUGCCAAGAACGCCAGCCCAGGCCCUGUUUCUAGCCCAGGGCGUGCCAGCGGGACCACUAGGCCAGGCCCUCUUGGCCAAAAGGGACUCCGGAUCCCAGCGGAGGAAACUGUAGCCAGAGGAAAAGCUACAGAGGCUCCCAAAAGGAGUGCCCUUGGCGCCGGUGCACGGAGAGACACUUCCGGGCCUACCCCAGGAACCCCCUCCCCGGCCAUGGCCCGCCGGUCUCGGGCUGCGGGCACCGAGGUGGGGCUCCCCCGGCCAGCUCCGAGUGCCCGGCCACGGCCCGCGACAGAGGGCCCCCGGAAAUCAGUGAGCAGCGCCUCGGAGCACAGUACCACCGAGCCAAGCCCGGCUGCCAGGAGGCGGCCCAGCGCUGGUGGGGGUCUCCAGAGGCCGGCCUCACGUCCCCUGAGCUCCAGCGCCACCCCUCUCUCCUCCCCAGCCCGUUCUGGGCCCUCAGCCCGCGGAACACCCAGGGCUCCUGCGCAUCCCUCGCAGCCCAAACCGAAAGGGCUGCAGGCUCUGCGCCCCCCGCAGGUCACACCCCUAAGGAAGGAUGCAGCCCCAGCACUAGGCCCGCUUUCUUCUCCUUUGGCCACACCCUCUCCACCGGGUACCAAGGCAAGACCUGUACCGCCUCCCUACAAUGCAGCCACUCCCCUGCCAGCCACGCUCCCUCCCUCUCCACCGGUCACGCCCCCUCUGCCAGCCGCACUCCAAAGUCAGGCCCCGCCCACCCUGCCGGCCACGCCCCACUCGCCGAGCCUUACCUGUCAGUUGGCCACACCCCUUCCUCUAGCCCCUCCUUCUCCGUCUGCUCCUCCCUCUCUGCAGACCCUCCCCUCUCCACCAGCCACGCCCCCCUCGCAAGUUCCACCCACACAGGUGAUGACAUCCUUUCCAGAAGCAGGCGUCUCUUCCCUGGCCAUAGCCGCUUUUGUGGCUUCAGUCUCUCCAUCAGUUUCAUCCCCUCUGCAGAGUAUGCCCCCCACCCAAGCUAAUCCAGCGUUGCCCUCUCUUCCGACUCUCCUCACUCCCUUGGCCACACCUCCUCUGUCAGCCAUGUCUCCUCUACAAGGCCCUGUUUCUCCGGCAACAUCUCUCGGGAAUCCGGCUUCUCCCCUCGCCACUCUCCUUCAGCCAGGCCUUUCUGCUCUGACCACGCCCCCUCCGCAGGCCAGUCCUUCCCCGUCUCCGCCCCCUCCCCAGGCCACGCCCCACAAUCUGGCCACUCUUCCUCCACAGGACCCUCCUCUUCUGGCCACAUUGCCUCUGCAGGCCUCUCCCUCUCCUUUGACCACAGUCUCUCUGCAGGAUCGUCCUCUAGUUUCUCCCUCUCUUUUGACCUCGCCUCUGCAGGCCCCGCCCCCACCCCUGACCCCGCCCCACUCACCCGCCCCACCUUCUAUGACUACGCCCCCUAUGCAGGCCCCGCCCUCUCUCCAGACCAUUCCCCCAAUACAGGUCCCACAUUCUCUGACCUCACCGUCUCUGCAGGCACCUCCCUCUCCUCUGGCUUCGUCCUCUCUGCAGGCCACAACUUCUUUGGGCUCACCCCCUCUGCAGGCCACACAUUCUUUUCUGACAGUGUCCCCUAGGCAAACCCAACCUUCUUUGACCUCGCCUUCUCGACCUUCCUCUACUCCCCCUGAUUCACCCCCUCUGCAGGCCCCUCUUUCCCUUGCUGCCUCACCCCCUCUGCAGACUUCUCUCUCUCCUGCUGUCUCACCCCUAAACUCACCCCUGACCACACCCCCUCUGCAGGCUCCAUCUUCUCUGGCCUCCUGCUCUCCUCAGGCACCUCCCUCUUCCCUGACCAUGCCCCCUCUGGAGACCCAGUCUUCCCUAGUCCCGCCCUCUCUGCAGACACCUCCUGCUUCCCUGACCACACCCCCUCCGGAGAGCCCACCUUCUCUAGCCCCACCCCCUCUGCAGACAGCUUCUGGUUCCCUGACCACAUCCCAUCUGGAGAUUCCACCUUGUCCAGCCCCACGCCCUCUGCAAGCACCACCUUCGCCAUUGAUCGCGCCCCCUCCGGAGACCCCCUCUUCCAUAGCCACGCCUCCUCCACAGGCCCCACCUGCUCUGGCCUCACCCCCUUUGCAGGGCCUGCCCUCUCCCCCUCUGUCUCCUUUGGCCACGCCCCCUCCACAGGCCCCACCUGCUCUGGCCACACCUCCUCUGCAGGCCCCUCCCUCUCCGCCUGCCUCACUCCCUGGGCAGGCCCCUUUCUCACCCUCUGCCUCACCCCCAAUGUCUCCUUUAGCCACGCCUCCUCCACAGGCCCCACCUGUUCUGGCAGCGCCCCUUCUGCAGGUUCCUCCCUCUCCCCCUGCCUCACCCACCCUGCAGGCCCCACGCCGCCCCCCGACCCCGGGUCCGGAUACCUCCGUCUCGGGCCCACGGCUGACCCUGGCGUUGGCCCCCGGCCCGCCGCCGCCGCCCUCGCGCAGCCCGUCCAGCACGCUAAGCGGGCCGGACCUGGCCGGCCACAGCAGCAGCGCCACGAGCACGCCAGAGGAGCUGCGUGGCUACGACAGUGGGCCCGAGGGCGGCGCCGCAGCCUCCCCGCCCCCCGACGCAGAGCUCGCCGCUUGCCACCCGGCUGCCUGGAGUCGAGGCCCCGCUCCGCCGCUCGCCUUCCGCGGAGCCCCAGGUGCGCAACUGCCGUGGCCUCCCGCUGGCGGACCCGGCUCUGCAGACGGUCUGUGCACCAUCUACGAGACUGAAGGGCCCGAGUCGGCGACCCCAGCCCCAGGAGCACUGGAUCCGGGGCCCACUUCCGGCGCGAGCGGUGGGAAGGCGGUGGCUGGGGCCGGGGCUGGGGCGUCCUCUCGGAGCCCGAAGCAGGCGCGCCUGGGCGAGCUGCCACUGGGGGCGCUGCAGGCUAGCGUCGUGCAGCACCUGUUAAGCCGGACGCUGCUGCUGGCAGCUGCCGAGGGUGCCGCGGGCGGCAGCGGCGGGGGCCCAGGAGGCGCCGAGGGUGGUGGUGUCUCGGGGGGCGCCCGGGCUGCACUCAGCGACGCCGAACUCGGCCGCUGGGCCGAACUACUGUCUCCCCUGGACGAGUCCCGUGCCAGCAUCACCUCGGUUACCAGCUUCUCUCCGGACGACGUGGCCUCCCCGCAGGGUGACUGGACCGUGGUGGAGGUGGAGACCUUCCACUGAGCCAGCCCACAGCCCCGCCUGCUACACCCUACUCCUGCCUUAGGAUCCGCCCCUCUGGGUAUGCCUGUUUGUUUUAGACCCCGCCUCCACUGCCCUGGAGCACCGAUGGGUGGAUCGGUCUUAGCUCCCUGGAGCCUGAGCCUUUCGGCCCAGGCUCCACCCCUUCCUUUGGCCUCGGAGGCUCGGGACCUACCCACAGCUUUGACUAGUCCCGUCCCUCGAGCUCCGCCCCUUUGGCCUAGGACACGUUCCAUUUCCCCGAGCCCCGCCCCGUGUCCAGUGUAUUGCCCACCCCGCACAGCCUGAGUUUGCAAUAAAACUGGGACACUGAGGCCUGCA